AUGUUGAAGAACUUAGUCCCAUCCUCAAUAUCAUUUCAAAAUUUAGAAAUACUGACAAUCUCUGAGUGCCAUGGAAUGCUAAAUUUAAUGUCUUCCCAAACUGCCAAAAGCAUGAACCGUCUGAAAGAGAUGAAGAUAAGUGAUUGCCAAAGAUUGACGGAAAUUAUCUCAGAUAAGCUGGAAGGUGAUCAUGAUACAGAAAGUAGUGAAAUAGUUUUGAGCGGAUUGAAAAGUUUGGAAAUUUAUAUGCUACCAAGCCUCACAAGCUUCAAUUUAGGGAAAUAUAUGAUGGGAUUUCCAGAGUUGGAAAGUCUAGUUGUAAGUGGGUGCUCUGAGAUGCAAUGUUUCUCUGUUCAUGGUAUUAUAAGCACCCCAAAAUUGAAUGAACUUCGACUGGAUGGCAAUUGGAGAAUCAGAGAUAUCCAUUAUUAUCUCUCCGAAAACUAUGCAUCUUCAGCACGGUGUUUGGAUGAACUGGUUGAGAUCCUUGAAUGUCGGAAAUCAUUUGGGCGACUAGUUUGGCCAGUCUUCUUGGGAGUGAAGCCUUCUGAAGUAAUAAACCAGACAGGCAAUUUUGAAAAAGCAUUGGCUGAAUAUCAAGGAAGUUCAGAUAGGAAGAAGGAAAAGCUUGCUAAAUGGAAGGAUGCUUUGACCCAAGCUUCCAAUCUAUCUGGGUGGCAUCUAGGUGAUGGAUAUGAAUCUCUACUGAUCCAAAGAAUUGUUGAAGCUGCAGAAGCUGCACUAAGAAAAAUCAAUCGUAGAGUACCUCUACAUGUUGCCAAAUAUCCAGUUGGAAUUGAAGAUCGCUUCGUGGAAUCGGAACCCCUAAUCGAUGUUGGAACUGGAAAGAAUGAUGUGAAAUUCAUAGGGAUCUAUGGAAUUGGUGGUGUAGGUAAGACCACAAUUGCCAAAGCUUUAUUCAAUAAAUUUGCUGAUGAAUUUGAAGGCUCCAGCUUCCUCGCAAAUGUAAUAGAAACAUCGAAGCAGAAUCUUGGUUUUGUUCAACUACAAGGAAAACUUCUGUUUGACAUGCUGGGGGAUAAAAAUUUGAAGGUUGGCAAUGUCAUAGAGGUAUCAAUAUCAUAAGGCAAAGGCUUUGUUUCAAAAGAGUACUUGUAGUUCUUGAUGAUGUUGAUGAACUAGAUCAGCUGGAGACAUUGGCUGGAGGGCAUGAGUGGUUUGGCUUGGGAAGUAGAAUCAUUAUUACUACUAGAAAUAAGCACUUGCUAACGACUCAUGGAGCUGAUGGAAUAUAUGAGGCACGAGUAUUGGAUCAUUAUAGAGCUGUUGAACUCUUUAGUUGGAAUGGUUUUAAGAGGGAUAAACUUUCAGAAGAUUACCUUACACUCUCAGAACAACAUAUCAUCUUUUGGGUACAGAAAAAGGACAUAUUCUGCUAUAUGAAAAUAAAAUCUUUCCAAAUUGGGGAGGACUUGGAUCAUUUUCUUGCUUAGUAGAAGUUGAUCUUGGUUACUGUAAGAGUUGUUACUCUUUGCCAUCACUUGGACAGCUACCUUUCUUAAAAAAGCUUCAUAUUCAGGGAUUAGAUAGGGUUGAGAGAAUAGAUGAGGAAUUUUAUUCCACUACUGAUUCUCUUUCCUCAAGUAAACCAUUCAAGUCCUUAGAAAGUUUAACUUUUUCAUACAUGUUGAGGUGGAAGGAGUGGUCAGUCAUGCGAAGUGGAGUUUUCUCAGAUCUGAAGCAGCUUACAGAAGCUGGAAGGGACGUGCUUCCCCAGUUAAAAUUAUGGCAUGCAAAGAACUUGUCACACUUUCUGAGGAUGGAUGGCCUUUCUGAGAAUUUACAGGACGUUAAAAGGUUUUUUGCUGUAUACUAUUUGUCUACUUGCUCCUGAUUUUGAUAGUAGCUCUCUGGAGGUUGAUCUUUUGCCUCAGAUUUGGCUAGGAGGAGCAUUAUGAUUUUGAUGGAGUCAGUUUUAAGCUUGUUUUCUAUUGCAAUACAUUUGUAAUAUGCGCUAUCGUUUUUACUUUUUAUCUGAUGUACAGGCUGUCAAAGGGUAGGGCAGUUAGUUUUUCUUAAUUAAGUGAGACUCGGAGAAUAAAGAUGUAAUUUUCUUUGGUGGGCUAUAAAUUAUAAAUAGCUGCAUUCUUGUAC